AUGUCGACAAAACGGAGGAAAACUUCCGACGAGCCCAGCGCCCUCAAAAAGGCGGCUGCUCCUUCUGCACCCGAGCUGAAGAAGGAAAAAAAGGUCAAGGAUAAGUCGACCAAGGACAAGUCCAGCACCAAGAAGACAGAGAAGACGGAAAAGAAACAAGAUGCGCCAGAGCCAACAGAGGAGUCAACUCCCGCCACCAACUCGACAGAAGAGGACUCCGUGACUCUCGACGUUGCCCCGGAACAGGAGGAGGUUGAGACUGUUAAGAAGACCUUUAAGGAUCUUGGAAUCGUCGACGCCCUCUGCGAAGCUUGCGAACGUCUCGGAUACAAGAACCCGACACCCAUUCAAGAACAAUCGAUUCCCCUCGCCCUCCAAAACCGCGAUAUCAUUGGUAUUGCCGAGACUGGUUCCGGUAAAACAGCGGCCUUUGCCCUUCCCAUCCUACAAGCGCUCCUCGACAAGCCGGCCCCUCUAUUCGCCCUCGUCCUUGCGCCCACAAGAGAACUUGCAGCCCAGAUCGCCCAAGCCUUUGAAGCGCUCGGUAGCUUGAUCUCGCUAAGAUGCGCUCUGAUUUUGGGUGGUAUGGACAUGGUAACACAAGCAAUUGCUCUCGGCAAGAAGCCCCACGUUAUCGUUGCGACUCCCGGUAGACUGCUCGACCACCUGGAGAAGACCAAGGGCUUCAGUCUACGUUCCAUGCAGUACCUGGUCAUGGACGAAGCCGACCGUCUGCUCGACAUGGAUUUCGGCCCAAUUCUCGAAAAGAUCCUCAAGUUCCUUCCCCGCGAGCGCCGGACGUUCCUCUUCUCCGCCACCAUGUCCAGUAAGGUCGAGUCUUUGCAGCGCGCCUCGUUGCGGGACCCCCUCAAGGUCAGCGUAUCCUCCAACAAGUACGCAACCGUCUCGACGCUCAAGUCCAACUACGUUUUCAUCCCACACAUGCACAAGGACACCUACCUGGUCUACCUCUGCAACGAGUUUGCCGGCCAGACCAUCAUCAUCUUCACCAGAACCGUGCUGGAAACCCAGCGCAUUGCGAUCCUGCUCCGCACCCUCGGUAUGGGCGCCAUCCCUCUCCACGGUGGCCUCUCGCAGUCUGCUCGUCUCGGUGCCCUGAACAAGUUCCGUGCCGGUUCCCGUGAGAUCCUCGUGGCUACCGAUGUUGCUGCCCGUGGUCUCGAUAUUCCUAACGUCGACUGCGUCAUCAACCACGAUCUUCCUCAGGACUCCAAGACCUAUGUCCAUCGUGUCGGUCGUACUGCUCGUGCGGGCAAGUCUGGUCAUGCUAUCAGCAUUGUCACACAAUAUGAUCUCGAAAUUUGGCUCCGUAUCGAAGCUGCUCUCGGCCACAAGCUUGAUGAGUAUCCUUUGGAGAAGGACGAGGUUAUGGUGUUUAAGCCCCGCGUCGAGGAGGCGCAACGCCAUGCCAGGAACGAGAUGAAGUCUUUGAUGGAGAAUCAGGGCAAGCACGGUGGCUUGCUCAAGAGGAAGCGCGGAAACGGCCAGGGUGGCGGCCGUGAUCAUAUGGAUGCUGAGGAGGGUUAAGAAUCUAUGACAUGAACGUAGCGAGGCGAUGUUUUCUGGUUAAAAGCGAACAAAAACACGAUAAAAUGUUGAAACCAAUACCCGAUGUUCGGCUGAGCGCAAUAUGUUGUGUUGGAAGUACAUGUCG